GCACUGAGGCACAGGGAGUGGCUCAGGUUUCUUACACUUCCCUGCUGUGGAGAAAAGGAGAAGUAAUUAACAGCUCCUUGGGCUCUAGGAUUGCUGACCGCGUAGGGGGCACUGCAGGCGCCCAGCUGAGCCAAGCUCUGGGAGGAGACAGGCGCCGCCCCUCCGCCCGCGCGGGCCUAGGACCUCCCCUACAGGUGAGUGACUCGUUAAUUCCCAGCACCAGCAGAGACAGGACACCGCUUUCCUUCAACCAGAGUUCCUGACCCAGCCGGCAACAAACCGCGGAGCAAGUUCAGCCCAACAACGAUGGUGAAAAGACUCUUCCUGCUCACAGUGUAAAUAACAGACCAUCUCAAAAAGAAAAGAAAGAUGACUAUGAUGGCUCACCAGUACCCCUCUUGGAUCUUCAUCAAUGAGAGGACAUUCAUCACCAGGGAACAACUUAAUUCUUUAUUGAAGACCUAUAACAUUUUUUAUAAGAACCAGAAAAAUCUGCAUAUUUUAUAUGGAGAGACUGAAGAUGGCAAACUAAUGGUGGAAGGAAUGCUGGACAUCUUCUGGGGAGUAAAACGACCUAUACAGCUAAAAAUACAAGAUGAGAAGCCAUUCUCUUCUUUUACCACGAUGAAGUUAUCAGAUGUCUUCUCCAGCAAAGGAAUGACACGCUGGGGGGAAUUUGAUGAUCUCUAUCGUAUUGGCGAGCUGGACAGGACCCAGAUUCCAAUGUCUGAAACAAGGAAUUUCCAGGAAGACUAUUUAUCUUAUGACAUCAGCACCCUGAAGCCACAUGCAGAGGAUGAACCAGACUCCCCAAUGCUCUAUAGAACCAUGAGUGAGGCAACCCUCGUGAGAAAAAGGAUGAAACCUCCGAUGAUGGACAGAAAAGAAAGACAGAAAAAUAGGGCCUCUAUUAACGGACACUUCUAUAACCAUGAAACAUCAAUUUUCAUUCCAGCCUUUGGAUCAGAAACUAAGGUCAGAGUAAACAGUAACAUGAGAACUGAAGAAGUAAUAAAGCAACUUCUCCAAAAAUUUAAGAUUGAAAACAGUCCCCAGGAUUUUGCUCUUCACCUUAUUUUUGCAACAGGAGAACAGAGACGACUAAAGAAGACAGAUAUUCCACUACUGCAGAGGCUCCUACAGGGACCCUCCGAAAAAAAUGCUCGCAUUUUCCUCAUGGAUAAAGAUGCAGAAGAAAUUAGCAGUGAUGUUGCUCAGUACAUUAAUUUUCACUUUACUCUCUUGGAAUCCAUUCUUCAAAGAUUAAAUGAAGAAGAGAAAAGAGAGAUUCAGAGAAUAGUAACAAAAUUCAAUAAAGAAAAGGCUAUUAUACAGAAAUGUCUUCAAAAUAAACGGGUAAUAAAAACAGAGACAACAGUUUAGCAGUACAGGCUGCUAUUGCUAAAACACUUCAAAAAACUCAGAGAGAUAUGACUAUUUGAUGAGUGCAUAAGUUCUGUACUUGCAUUUAUACGAAUAUAUAUGAGACUUUAAUCUGUAGAAAAUUGAAUGUCAAAAAAGCUUGUUUCUGUUUGAAGUGAUGAGGUUAACUAGGGUUCACAGUUGGACUAAAAUGAGCUUCAGUUUAGUUUCAGUAACUGAAAUAAGCUUGAAUAUUGUGCAUUCCAAAGAGUUUUUAUAGUAAAACUUGUGAUGAACUCAAAUUUAAAUUGUGUCUUAAGCAGUGAACUUCAGUUAGCUUGGACUCUGAAGAGAACUGAAGCACAAUCAAUGGAGUCAGAAAUGACUCAGGAAAAUAAAGCUGCCAGUUCUUGAAAUGAAAAAGAAAUGCAGUUUUACACCAUCAAGGAAUCUAUCUGAUGGUGACAGUGUUUCACAUCUUCUUGAAAACUCUGGCAUUUUCAUAAAAUCUAGGACUACAUUUACAUGCCCUGUUGAUUUCUGGCUAUCUGUAACAUCAGAGCUAUCUGGCCUUUGGAAAGGAAAAGAUUAUGGACUCUGUAAAGAAAUCCUAAUUGAAAAUUUCUAAGCCUCCCCUCAACCCUUUUUUUCUCUCUCUCUGCUCUACUGAUGAAAGAACUUUCAUCAGUUCUAAACUUUUCUUAAGCUCUUUUUUAAGUUAGUUGAAUUUUUCUUUAUUUUUCAAAAAAUAUGUACAUCACAUAGACAUAGUACAUCAGCUAAAGCAAGAGUUGGCCCACAAAUACCUAUUUGUUGCUGAAUGAAUACAAUGGAUAAAGCAAGGCUGUUGUAGCUGACGUUAGGUAGGGAAUAACAAACUCUGCCCUCUUAGCAUUUUCUUAUCUAAAUGACAACUCUCAAGGUACUUACAGAUCUGCUUAACCCAC